CGCUUUCGUGCCAUGACAAAGAUCCCCAGUGUUGCGGAAAGAGCUGGAGCCAUGACAGGAAAAAGGCACAGCAAGGUUACAAAAAUGAUAAGAGACAUCCCUCAUCACAGCAAUAAAGGAGCAAAGACGGUAGGUUUCAUGUUCAACAGCUUCAGUGUGGGUAGGCUUUUUAUUAUGUUACAGGGCAAGCUUUGAAAGGCUUUGGUACAGUUGUAAACAAAAAUCCUUUGACUGAGAUGCUUAGUGUCUGGCGGUUCUGACAUGUUUCUUCAGAGUCAUGAGAAAGAACUGACUGAUGAGAGAAAUCUGACUGACCGAAGUGGUUGGUGGAAGGACACAGUUAAGAACACGCCAUACCCUGGCAGUUACCACAUUCGUGAUUUCAUAGAGGAGGCAAGCCUCAGUCCUGUGAGAAUGACCUAUGGGUUUAUGGACACAGGCCGCAACAGCCGGACUGUGUGUAUGCGGAGCGGGACCAUGCUCCUGCCAGGAGCUUACAGCUUCACUGACUGUACUCAAGAAGCUCUCCGACGUCGAGCAUCCUACUCCUUUAAGAGCUGCCCAAGACCCGACAAGAACACCCUGGGCAUCCGGGAUAAAGUGGGUUACAGUUAAGCAGUAUACAGUAUUUUCUUCAUGGAUUAAUAAUAUUACUACAUAGUCGUAUACAUUGUUGUUCGCAUUAAAAUGAACGCUGUUUAGGAUGUGAUCGUGUAUUUUCCAGGACAUAGACCUCUCUCCAUGCCAUUAUAAUGUGACUGCGAAGCUUGUCCCCAAAUUACCUUGCAAGUACGGAGGUGUUUUUGAAC